GGCAACAGUCAAACACACAAGAUGCAGUUACCUAAGGACAGCAAGAUGACUCUUGGUCUGAUUCAGAAGUUUCUGAUUCUACAGGUCAACAUACCAUUGGGAAAAGACUUUUCAGCUGAGUUUCUAGUGACUGAUGAGGAGCAUCUAAAGAGGAGACUCUACUUGUCGACUGUUCAUAAAGAGCUCUCUGCAACUCCUUUGCAUGCGAGAAUACCUCUAACAUGCCACAACCGCGAUACUUGGUGUAAUCUGUGUAUCGAUCUGGACUCGCUCACCGCUGUGAUAUUCAGAGGGACGCGCUUCUUGUCUCUGGAUGGCAUCAUCAUCUCCGCCUGCUGUAAAGUUCGCCGCAUCUUCACCAUGAAGAAUGAACCUGCAGACUCCACAGAUGGAGAAAUAAGAACUGGUCCAAAAGAAGAGAUUCCCAGGAGCUGCCAGUUUCCUAGUGAAGUUCAGCAUGUCAGCCAACUGGUGAACAUGAAAACUCUGGGACAAACUGAUGGAAAAAGUGGAUCUUCAAAUGGAGAGACCGAAGACACCAGUGGCAUCAAGGCAUCCAUCACCAAAGGUCCUACACCUCGAGACUCAUCCCAUAUUGCUUUCGGGUCUAAAGUUAUCGGACCUCCUCCGCUUACCGCCAGGAAGAGCAGCACAUCUGCAAACACAAAAGAAGAAAGAUUCAAGUCUGAACUAAGUCUCAACAUACCGUCAGGUCGAAGUGAAAAAGUACAGCCAAGACCACCACUCGAAAAACCAUCUGCUGAACGAACGAGCUCUAGGAGACCUCAGAGGAUCCACAAUACGAAGAGAGAAAAAUCCUGCACAGAUAAAGAAGGUGGCAAAAUUAGCCUGAACCCAGAGGGAUCUGAGCUUCAAGGAAAAAAUGCAGUAUCGUCACUACAAACUCUGGGCUUGGACUUAACGGUAGAACAUAAAUUAACUGAUCCGAUUCUACAAGAACGUGUGCUGACUGCAGAUGAUGCUGACCUUUGUGACACAGAAACUGAGCUCUCUCUCAGUGAUGAGGAAUACGGAGAGGAAGUCUUCACUUUCUCCUCAUGCCCUCAAUCAGCCAGACGCAAUCAGGCUAGCGGCAACCCUGUUGAGGAUCUGACCUUUGGCCUUAAAGGUCACAAGCUGCUAACAGAAGGACAACGCAAGGAUGCACGUCUGGAAGAUGAUUUCAUGGGGAGUGAGAGCGAAGAGGAUGAAAUGCAUACAGAGUUUCUCAAAAGAUGUGCAGUCCAUUCCAUUACUACUCCCCCACCACUUUCUUCAAUACAAAAACACACAGCUCAACCCAAAUUCUCCUCUGAGCCAAUUAAGACUCGGGCCUCUGCUGUCCAACAUGUCUCUGAAGGUCCAAAAAGGCACGAACCCAUGCGGAUAGCACCAACCCGCUGCCUCUCUCCUAGCUCCUCCAGACAAGGGAGCAGACUAGAUCGGUCUGAAGCUGACAGAGCAUUGCCUGAUGGAGAUACCAGGAUAUCUAUCAACAGAACAUCUGUGCGCGAGAUCUCACUCAAGAAUUCUGGGCUUCAAAAGGUGAGUGUCGAUGGGAGGGUUCAACCUUUGGGCUCCAGCAGGUGUGAUCUGAGAAGUCAAGACGAAGAGGAUGAGGAAGAUGAGCUGCGGAUGUUGGCAUGUUUAAAGAGGGAGCAGGAGGAAGAAGGAGACAUCAGCAGUCCAGGACUUAGUGCAUCACAGGUUCACCACUGUGACAUAAGUCUAAGCGCAAGCAGUGACGACACCUCAACCUGGACUCAGUGUAUCCCUUUGCCAGUGGAUCAAGGCCAGCACUAUCAGAAAGAAAUGAACCCUCUUCUUCACUCUAAUCCCAGAGAGUGGAUGGAUGUCCUCAGCCCUCCGAUAGUUCAUCCAAAUCAACAGAUGGCAGAUGGAAAAGGAGACCACAAGGUCUCAACCAGAGGAUCAAAGUUUCAUGACAACAGUGAAGAAGAAGAGUUUCUCAAUUUAAUGUAUGACUCCUGCCUCAACUGUUACUUUGAUCCACAAUCUGGAAAAUAUUACGAGCUGCUUUGAGACUGAGCUUAUAUCAGGUUUUAAUGUUUGUUGAUCAGUACUGCCACUGUGUGUGUGAAUUUAGUUAAAACACCAUGCUGUCAUUUAUAACAUUUACUGAUUUAACAUUAACAUUUUUUGGAUUCAACGUGUAUAUUUUUUGUUACUAUUACUAACAUGAUACUGUUUAUUGGUUACCAAUA